CACGUUUGGUAAGGUUGUUGUUACAUCACGGUCAUGAUAAGGGCGCGUUAUCUUGACCGUCAGCGUGCGUAGACCACGCUACAGUGUUUAUUAUUUCACUGAACAAGGAGAGUGGGUUUACGGAAUGGUCUAACCGUAACGGUACGAACGCAGACAAUGCCAGUUACUAGUGAAUAUGUGUGAAUCGCUACACAACCUUAACUUUCCUGGUUACCCUCAGCCUCAAAAGAAGCUAUCUAACAGGUCAAGUUACUUUUACGCAAGCUGAAGUUCCGCAGGCUACAUUAUGCAGAACUUUACGAGAGCAGUAAGGACCUUUGCUGUUAACCAUUCAACUGGAAUAGCAGUAUUUACUGUUACAGCCUCUUACAGGGCUGGGACUGUAUUCUUUGCGCAGAUGGAUGGCAGGAGGGGUGUGCCGCAGCUCAGCCAGGCUGGAUGGGAAGACUGUCCUAAUCACAGGGGCCAACACAGGGAUCGGGAAAGAGACCGCAGUUGACCUCGCAAGCAGAGGGGCCCGUGUCAUCUUGGCAUGUAGGGACUUAGCCAAAGCCACGUUUGCUGCAGAAGACAUCAGGGAGAGAAGUGGUAAUGGCAAUGUGGUGGUGAAAAAGUUGGAUCUUGCAUCACUGCAGUCAGUUCGAGAGUUGGCCGAGGAUGUGCUGAAGACAGAGGACAGACUGGAUAUCCUCAUCAACAAUGCAGGCGUUAUGAGCUGUCCAAAAUGGCAGACACAGGAUGGCUUUGAGAUGCAGUUUGGGGUCAACCACCUGGGCCACUUCCUUCUAACCAACUGCCUUUUGGACCUGCUGAAGAAAUCCUCACCAAGUCGCAUCGUUAAUGUUUCCAGUCUGGCGCAUGAAAGAGGUGAAAUGUACUUUGAUGACAUUAAUUUGGACAAAGACUACACUCCCCAGAAGGCAUAUAAGCAAAGUAAACUGGCCAAUGUGCUGUUCUCCAGAGAGCUAUCCAGGAGACUACAAGGCACUGGGGUGAAUGUGUACAGUCUGCAUCCGGGGAUCAUCCACACCGAGCUGGGCCGGCACUUCUGGCCCAAGCUGGCCCUGUGGAAGAGGAUCCUGUACCAGCCGUUUGUGCUGCUCAUCAAGACUCCCACAGAGGGAGCGCAGACCACCAUCUACUGUGCUGUGGAGGAGAGCCUGGCCAACGAGAGUGGGCUCUACUACAGUGACUGUGAGCGGAAACCUGUAGCACCCCAGGGACUGGAUGACGAGGCUGCCAGGCGACUCUGGGACGUGAGUGCCACCAUGGCUGGACUGUCCUAAUGCGCAAAGCACGGAGACCCUUGGGGGUUGGUUUUUGACCUUUUUCACCCAGUCUGAUCUCUAUAGUCAAUCUCUAGGUUGACUCCCCCAUGAUCAAAAGUAUGGUGGACAAAAGUAUUCAGUCUGAAUUUUUUGACAUAAGCAACAAUAGAGUAGUAAUGUUACAGACAUUUAUUCAAAAUAUACAGGCUACUACAUACAAAAAUACUAUGUAUCAUAUGGUGUAAACAUGAGUCAAACAACCAGUUGAAUGUCUCACAGUUGAGUCGUGUGGAAGCCGUGUGAUAAUUUCACAUUUUCUCUGGGAUAUCAGUGUGUGAUUCACUAUCAUUCUAAGGUCAUGUCAGGUAAGCAUGUUAAGUAUUCAAAUCACAAAUUACUUUUUUUGAAGAAGAAGAAAGAAGCACAUCAUUUCUUGUUGAUUUUAGAACUUUCUUAUGCACUAGGAUAUAUAGAACAAACUAUUUCAUAAGCUAUCUUCAUAUUUAGAUUUAGAAUGACUGUCAGUUAAAUGCCUAUAAAUAAAUGGUUAUAAAAUAGUUAUAACCAGUUUCAAAAACUCAUUAGCCUUAAUUUUAAGGAUCAUAGAUUUCCCAUGGCCAAAAACCCAAAGUCUGUUUCAUCCUCUUUGAAAUAUGAACCGAUCAGGUCUUUUUUUAUUUGUUAAUGUGAGACAUUAAAGUGCUAUAAUCUUUUAAAAGUAAGGCAUACCUUUCAUAUUGAUGUUGUCUGUAUUUAAGAUCAAACGGCUUCGCUGAACUUUUGUCAGCAAAAUGACAAAAAGCAUGACAAAUUCUUAGGCUGUGCGUUUAAAGAUCAGAAUAAAUUUGUGUUUUGGAGUCUUACGGUAUGUACCAUGUAAGAUAAAAAGCUAUUUAUUCAAACUGUUUGAACAAGUUAGCCAGCUAACCUUCAAACCGUGUGCUUGAUAUGUUGAUGUAGAGUCAACAGCUAAAGCUGACAAUUCUGUUGGCAAAUUUAACACAAAUAUGCAGUGUGUCUUUAGGGACUCCUCUUCAUGAUACACAAGCUGUAUGCAUUUAAUUUUAAACCAGUUAGAACAACAACAAAGACCUGAAGGCACUAAUUUACUAAUUUGCUACAAACAUUCAACCUUUUACUCAACACAAGAGCUCCAUCAAGGACGAGAAAAGGUGACAUAUCAGAUUCAAAACCCUGUAUGACCAGGCAAAACCUUAUUGGUGGUUUCUUAUUCAGGCUUCAUGAUUGCAAUAGCAUAGUGACUAUAACUAGCGAGUAGUUCAACACUAUCAUAUGUUGUUGUUUUUUUUUGUUAGAGGUCAUUUCAUUUUGUUAGGAUUUGUACUUUCCUAUGUCAAUAUGCACAUUAAAAAAAGACAAUGGUGACAUUUCCUGGCAAGAUCGUAUAA